AGCUCAGAUCGCCUUUAGUAUUCGCGCUUAUCCACCACCCCGCUACAUCUCUGUCUACUUCGUCGAGUUGACCUUCUCCUAUCCAUUCGAUCGAUCACUCACACUCGACCAUGGCGGACAGAUAUUCGUUCUCGCUCACCACAUUCUCGCCCAGCGGCAAGCUGGUACAGAUAGAGUAUGCCUUAAACGCCGUCAACCAAGGUGUUACCUCUCUGGGCAUUAAGGCUACCAAUGGAAUUGUCCUCGCAACCGAGAAGAAGUCGUCAUCACCGCUCAUCGACUCGCAAUCCUCGUCGAAGAUCAGCCUCAUAACCCCAAACAUCGGCAUGGUUUACUCUGGAAUGGGCCCCGACUACCGUGUUCUCGUCGACAAGGCUCGCAAGGUCUCACACACCGGCUACAAGCGCGUAUACAACGAGUAUCCACCCACGAGGAUAUUAGUCCAGGAUGUGGCGCGCGUGAUGCAGGAGGCUACACAGUCGGGUGGUGUUCGGCCGUAUGGUGUUAGUCUGCUCAUCGCAGGCUGGGAUGAUGGCAUUGAGCCAGAGGCGGAGGAGGGCAAGAGCGAGGAGCAGAUAAGUGAAGAGAAGAAGAAAGUGAGCGGCAAGACCGGUGGCAUCCUGAAAGGUGGCCCCAGCCUGUACCAAGUCGACCCUAGCGGUAGCUACUUUCCGUGGAAAGCGACAGCGAUCGGCAAGAGCGCGACGAGUGCGAAGACGUUCCUGGAGAAGCGGUACACCGAGGGUUUAGAGCUGGAGGACGCGAUCCACAUCGCUCUUCUUACUUUGAAGGAGACAAUAGAGGGAGAAAUGAAUGGCGAGACGGUCGAGAUCGGCAUUGUGGGCCCGCCAGAGGACCGUCUGCUUGGUUUCGAGGGAGUUGAGGGAGCAGUCGGCCCGCGGUUCCGGAAGCUGAGCCCUUCGGAGGUCGAGGACUACCUGACCAAUCUGUAGAGAACAAGUCUAUUCGUGUGGUCAAACUACAGUACCGGCGUGUAGUCAGGGUAGCAUGUCAGAGUGAGUUGCGGCGCUAUGCGGG